GCGUCACGUUUUACCCCGACUUAUGAAUGAGAUAGCGGCGCCCGGAGAGGGGGGCACCACCGCUACUCAUUCGCCGGCCCGCGCCCAAAGCGAGCACACGUCCGUCGCGCUCCCUAACCGCAAAUCGCGUGCAGUGAAACUUCAUAAAAGUUAUUUUAUUGCAAAAACAAAUGGCCAUCGAUAGUGAAACCUGAAACUGUGUGAUUGUGUGUGUUCUGUGUACAUUAACCUGUGUUUCAAAUAAACUUAGUACAUCCUAGCAUUGCUAGGAAUCAGUGAAAAUUGCUGGAUUUUGUUGGCCGGCGGACUGCGCCCAGGCCAGUAUGGAGAGCUACUUUGACAUCUCAAACGACCUUAAAGACGUCUGGGAUGCAGACAUUGACCCGGAGAUGGACAACGUGCUAGACGAGGACGAGAGCGACUGGCUGAUCGAGCGAGAGUCCAAGUCCGGGGUCGUACUGCACGACCGUCUCAUGACGGACGCGGCGUUGGGAGCCGUACCGAUCAAGACAGAACACUCUUACAGCCUACAUUCAGAUGGCGAAUCCGCACCGCCAUCGCCACACCACACCAAAGUUGACGACAUGGAGGACGAGUGCUACCCCGCCAUCCCCGCCAGCGCUUGGAGCCGGCGGCGCUCCAGCGACUCCCUCAUGGAGGUGAAGGCCGAGCCCAAGUCGGAGCCCGAGUCGCCCGCCUCCUCCUGCCCCCCCUCGCCCACCCCCGGCACGCCCGUCACACACCUCGACUACGUUAUUGACCACACAACGGGAACCAUACACAUGCCACAAGCCGUGCUGCAAAAAGUGGGGGCAGCGGGCGUGCCACAACUGUUGCUCAGUGCUGCACCAAGGCUCGCCACCACGCUCAACUCCAACAAGUUGUCCAUCAAGGUCACAUCCAGCUCAGGAUCUGCAGGGUUCCACCUGCCGCCGACGCCGCCGUCGUCGCUGUCGUCGUCGGACAGCGAGGGCGCGCGCUCGCCGGCGCACGACGCGCCCUCGCCCGCGCCCGCGCCCGCGCCCGCGCCCGCGCCGCCGCGCCGCGCGCACCUCUACCUGUCGCACCACUCCCGCCAGCCCAUCAACACGCCGCUCAUCAGCACGCAACCGAAAGGUUCAACAGGUCAACUGGUGCUAACAGACGAAGAGAAACGCACACUGCUCGCAGAAGGUUACCCCGUGCCCACGCGUCUUCCCCUCACCAAGGCCGAGGAGAAAUCACUGAAGAAAAUCAGAAGGAAAAUCAAGAACAAGAUAUCAGCACAAGAAAGCAGGCGCAAAAAGAAGGAAUACAUGGACCAACUAGAGAGGAAGGUCGAAAUACUUGUAUCGGAGAACUCCGACUACAGAAAAAGGGUAGAGACCCUGGAACAGAAGAACGCGAGUCUCCAAAGCCAAUUGGCCGCUUUGCAGGCGCUCGUGACGCGGAACGCGCGCAAGUGACGUCAUUGUGAAGAGUGUGACGUCGCUGUGAAGAGUGUGACGUCACUGUGAAGAGGGUGACGUCACUGUGAAGAGUGUGACGUCACUCUUCACGCUACGCUUUCCCUAAGGCCUGCUAUAGUCUGAAUUUAUACUGUUAUGGUAUUGGUCAUAGAUUAUGAGAGGUGACGAAUGUCUUUUGAUGAUACUAUUGUAAGUCCAAACGGCGUUCUUACAAAUUCAUAUUGUCCAAGUCUGGUUUAAAAAUACGUUUCUUUUAAUAGGGAAUUGGCCGUUAAAUUAAUUCCGCUUUUAUAAGGCGCUACUUACUAGUAAUUUCUGUCUUAUUUUUCUGUAUAUUAACUAAUCUAUCCAAGUUAUUUUAUAAACAAAUUUCUUUUAUUUUACUUCAAAUCAAUCAAAAGACACUUGUCAUUUCUCGAAGUUGUAGAUAAAUUAUUUGGCUACGCCGAGUCGUAAUAUCAGUCAUAAUCUAUGUGUACUCAAAGUUCAAAAAUAUAUCGAAUUUUGAUGUCUUGUCUUGUAAACUAGUAAACCAUAACAUGUCAUAAUUUAUUUAAAAAUUUAGGAGAAUUUCAUUCUAAUAUUCAACCGGCAAGCUAAUUUUUGACAAUGUAUGUAUAUUUGGAAGUAUUUACAUAUACUAGGAGACUAAAGGGAACUGUCCCCUAGUGUGAAUUGCAUUCGAUAGCGUAACGUGACGUACGCGUUUACGUUAAGUAUCAUUUUGUAUGGGAUUUUGACGCCCCGCUUGGCGCGCUGUUGAAAAUCCCAUACAAAUAUAAGCAUAACGCAAACGCGAACACGCGUCAAUCUAUCGAAUGAAAUUUACGCUAGGGUUGUGUUAGCGUUUCAAUAUGGUUGCUCACUAUAUUUUUAGUAAUAGGUUUUUGUGGUGCUGGAACUUUAUUCCUGCUGUUUUUACUGCAAAGUGCCACACUAGAUAUUUAUUUUUGCAACUGCACUGUUUUCGUCGAAGACUUGAUAACAGGGAAAUAUAAUUGGGUCUAUAAAGUGCCUUUUAUACUACACAAUAUCACAGAAUAAAUAAUGGUACUAGGUACCUACAGAAGGUUCACUCUAUAACAAAACGCGUCUCUUACGAGAGAUAGAAGCGCAACCGCGAGCAGGCGUCCAUUCCGUAGCGGUGCGCGGCAACCACUACUGCUAGACACCAAAAUUGGUGUGGGCCGCAUGUACUUGUAGCGACGCGACGAAAUUGCGAAGUGAGCCACGCCUGACAAUAUUCAUAUCAUAUAAGACCAUCCUACUUAAACUACUUUUCGUUUUUUUAUAAAUGGUUUUGUGUGAUGUUGUGUAGUGUAAAAUGCAUUCGAGUGUCGAUAAUUAUAUAGGCGUGUCGUUAGAAAUCUCGUAAUAUAUUAUAAUAAUGCUGCAAGAGCAUUAAAUAGGUUAAGUCUUAAUUUGUGUGUGUUUAUUAUUAUGUGAAAUUAGGUUAAGAAAUUUUAUUGUUACCCAAAGCAUACGUUUUACUUGUAUGUGGCCGUCGUGGCGAUCUUUAGGCCCCUGUACAUAAUGGGCCAGCGCCGGCCCGUCCAAGGGACGCAGCCAUGCUGUAGAAUGAGAUGGCAAUAUCACUUGCGGUCUAACGCAUAAAUGCGUCGCCCAGACUGGCUUACGCUGGCCCAUUAUGUACAGGGGCCUUUUAGAAUAUCCCUGGGAUUCGCUUCAGGAUUCUCGGUAGCAUAAUAUGUAAGACAUAUACAUAGUCUUACAGCAUAAAUUGAAUUCCAUGAAUUUGCAUUUAUAAAGAGAAAUGUAUCUAGAGAUUUUAUCUUUAAGAUAGAUAUUUGUGUAUCUACUAAAGGACCUAUUGAGCCGACUGUGUGAUUGUAUUCGGUAAUGUCUAGUCUUUUGUAGAAUCAGUUGGGUUCACGGCCCAUAGAAUAGAUGUAUUCCAUUUGGACCCCGCCGGGCACAGAUGGGAAUAGGCGCUGCAUAUAAAUCAUUCCUAUUUGUCCCCUCGGUGGUUUUGGGGCGGGGACAAAUGGGAAUACACCAUAAAAUAGCUGUCAAUCAGGAAUGGCGCUCUGUGGACAAGUACAAACGGACAGCGAGCCUUCUCAACGGUGUAUAACAUUGUUUUAACCUUUUCGCCGCCAUUUACUUGAUAUAAAGUCGGUACAUUUCAUGUCCCACACGCCAGGACUUGGUAUAAAGCCAAGUACAUUUCGUGCCCCACACGCCAUUGACUUGAUAUAAAGUCAGUACUUUUCUUGCGCCACACGCCAUGACUAGAUAUGUUAUACGUGUUGUUUACGUGCAAUUUGUGGCUUGGCGUUGCUGACAAUUUAUUACAUCAUUGGCGUGGCGGUGAAAAAGUUAAAAUUGAUACAUACUGAGGAAAGUUUACAAUGAACGUUAAGUAACGUUGGUAAGAAUUUGAGUAUAAGUAUUGAGUUGAGUUUUUAUGAAGAGUGACUCAAAAACAUUAUAAUAAAUAAAGAUUCAGUCUUCAAUGUUGAAAGUUCUAAAUAAAUAAAAGUUAAAAAAGUCAUUGCUAUAGAUUGUUUUGAAUUAAUAUUGAAUUGUAUAUGAAAACAACGUUUAAUUUUUUUUUAUAAUUAAAGGAUUAAUUCUAAAUCAACUGUGUAGAGUCUCGCAAAUGAGGAUUCCAAAAACUAGUAAUUUUUAUUUCUAAUAACUCACCGUUUGGCCUGUCACUUACGUUUAAUGGCAAAUUUUCCUUAGUACUUAUACAAUAUUUCAUUGUAACGAGCCUUCAUAUACGAACAGUAUUUUGAUGUACAGGUUGAUUCACGAAAGCUGGCACGAAUAGAAUGAACGAAACUUUCAUUGUAUGUGACACCUGUAGUCCUGUAUCGGUAGACAUAGAGUCAGAGCAGAGCUGCCAUUUUAUUGGUCAAUGUGAUACACACAGACAUUUUCAUUCACCCAUUCAUUUCAUUCGUGCCAGCUCUUGUGAAACGACCUAUGACGUACCACGAAUCUUGGUACUGUAGGAUCGUCUAACAUUCUCGUGAACUAAUAUACAUUCCAUUUUCUCGAUGUAAGUGACUUAAAGUGAGCUUCGUACUUAUUAAUAAUAGAAUCUUCGGGAUGUAGUCAACUUGCUGUACAAAUUUUUACCUGAAACUGUUAAUUAUGUAUACAUAUGUCUAUUUCUCCGCUUGACUAGUAUAAUUCUAUCUGCCGUCCUGAGACGCGUCAUUUUAUAUCACGUUCCUUGAUAACCAAAAAAAAAGAUGUCGCUACUCUUAAAAACCUCGUAUCUCAUUACCGAACGGAGACUUAGAUACGAGCUUUUAUAAAUAAAUUUUUGGUUGUCAUGGGACGUUUAAUGUUACUGUGUGCAAUUACGUUCUGUUGUACAUGUAUGAAGUUCUUCCUAUGUAGAGUUUUAAGAAAAUGUUAUAUUUAUAUCGUGCUAAAUUAAUAUAUCAACUUAUAUCGCCCCCAACUCAUCAGGGGGCGUGUUAUUGAAAAUGAAGAUAUAUUUUAAGAGAUUUUUUCUAAUGAAUUUUUAGAAAUAUAUACGUUAUACAGUUUUACUUGUCUCUCGUCGAGAUCUCUAGAUUAGCGUAGCUAUUGGUUGAAUGGCAUCGGGUUAUCCUCGCCUUCCGCAGUCGAAUUGCAUAACUAUUCCGACCGACGUUUUGUUUCCAUGCUCGAAACUUACAUUUUACUCUUAGACCGCCAAAGAUAUCUAUAGACGCGAACGGUUACAUUGCAAUAUAGACCUUCAUGCGUUCCAAUAAAGCUUACGAUAGCGCGUUCAAAGGGUUCGAAGCAAUGACGGUCCGAAUGUUUCGCAAUGAGACAGCAGGGAUGUUCGCAGGAUAAGGAACUGCAAAUGUGCCUAUCAGCAACGGUUUUACCAAUAUGAAUUUAAGUGUCAGUGCGUCCGCUAGAUGAUGCGGGUGCCAUUGUAGGGUAAAAUCCGUGGCACGCAUUCGCGCCACCUAGCGGACGCCCUCAGAGGCAAUAGCGAAUGGCAGGCGAUGAUCCUUAGAGAAAAUACGAUAUUUAUAUAAAAAUAAAGUAUUUUAACUUGUAAAAUAUAUAAUUCCUAAUAUGGCAUUUACCGUCUACAAAGGAGUGAUGUAAUUGAAAACGACUUAUAUGAAUUAACUAAUGUAGUUAAGUUAUGGAUUAAUAAUUUAAUGCAUGUUAACUGAAUGCCAAACUUGUACAUAGCUGUUGUACAAGUACAACACUUCUGAGUGACAAUUUAGUAUGAUCAAUUCGUCAACCGAGCAGAUAAAAUGAUUAAUUAAUUAAUAUCGAUCCGUGCGAGUUUAAUGGGCAAUUAGAGUUUCGUAUUUCUACAUACUUUUACCUCUAGCCGCCUAGAGGCCUAAUAAAAGGACCCCGUUUCACUUUUUGAAUCCUAUUUCUGACAAAGCAGAAUUGCGUUUGUCGUAGAUUAUUGAUUUAUCGGUGGCUAGAGGAUAUUACACUUUCAGUCUCUAUUCUUAAAGCUCAAUUUAUAAUUUACGGGUCAUCUUAAAAGGACCCUUUCAAUCUCAGAGGUUUACGAGAUCUAAGGUUAGCCUUAAUAGAGACCUACACUCACUCAGGGAAUUAAGAGAUAUAUGUUGACUUUUAUAAGAACAACUUGAGAUACCUACAUAGUAGUCGCUCUCAAAGCCCUAUUAAAUAUGAAAAGUAUGUAUCUAAGUAUAUAUCUGUAUCUUUCUUAAAACACAUAUAAUAUGUACAAUGAUUAGGCAAAAUUGCUGGUAUGACGUACAGCGCGCCACAUAAUUGUGGACGCCCUAGAGUGUCUUACAAAUAAAAGUCUGUCUUUUACAAAGUUAGUGUCCUAAGAUAUUCCUCGAAAGCCUAAAACUCUCACGCGUUGUAUUUUUGUGUGUGCUAAACUCAGAAAACAUAUUUUCAUAAGAUAUUGUGCAAUAACGGCCUAAAACCGGUUUGAUGAAGCGGCCAUGCCAAUUGUUGUUCAGUGUAAUUUUUAUUAAUAGUUUUAUUUGUUAAAACUACUCGCUGUUACCUUGAGUCAUCAUUUGUUGAAUCGUUUGUUUUAUUAUUAUUUUCAAUGACAUUACGGAUUUUACUGUCACCUUUGAAAUAAAUAAAGCGUCAAAAUAUUGUA